GUCCCUCCGUCCCCGCCGAGCGAUGGGGCCGCGGUGCCGGGAGCCCGGCGGGGGGCGGCGGGGCCGGCCCCGUGAGGCGGUGGGGGAGGCGGGCGCGGGGCCGUGGCGGUGCCGGUGGGUGCGGGGCCCGCGCCGCCAUCUCCUCCGCCUGUUGCUACCGCCGCUGCUGCUUCUGCUGCUGCUGCCCGUCCAGGGCCAGCCCGGCCUGCACGCCCCGGACUGGCCCCCCGGUGGCCCCGGGCCCAGCCUCAGCAUCUACCUGAGCGAGGAGGAGGUGCGGCAGCUGAUCGGUCUCGAUGCAGAGCUGUCCUACGUGAGGAAUGAUGUGAUUAAUCACUACGCCUUGUCCUUCAAUCUCUUAAUUCCCAGUGAGACCAACAAUCUCCACUUCACCUGGCAUGCUAAAUCCAAGGUUGAGUAUAAACUGGGAUUUCAGGUACAUGAUCCUGUGGCCAUGGCUCUGCCCCAGGCCAACAUUUCUCUACAGGGAGAAGUUCCUCGCACCCUCUCAGUGUUUUGUGUGGAACUCUCCUGCACUGGCAGACUUGACUCUGAUGUCACAAUACUGAUGCAGCUCAACUUAACAAUGAAUUCCUCAAAAAACAUCACAGUUUUAAAUUUCAAAAGAAGGAAAAUGUGCUACAAAAAGCUUGAACCAGAAGUCAAAUCUCCAACAACUGAUAAAAACAGCAGCAAGGCUCUCUUUGAUCCCGUAAACGCAGCUCCCACCACUUCCACCCGGGUGUUCUACAUCAGUGUGGGCGUGUGCUGUGCUGUGAUAUUCCUGGUGGCAAUAAUCCUGGCUGUUCUGCACCUCCACAGCAUGAAAAGGAUCGAGUUGGAUGACAGCAUCAGUGACAGCAGCAGCUCUCAAGGCCUGUCCCAGCCCUCCACGCAGACGACACAGUACUUGCGAGCGGACACCCCCAACAAUGCCACACCAGUAACCAGCUCCUCAGGUUAUCCUACAUUACGGAUAGAGAAGAAUGAUCUCAAAAGUGUCACUCUCAUGGAGGCCAAAGCUAAAGUGAAGGACAUAGCCAUCUCCAGGGAGAGGAUAACCCUCAAGGACGUGCUCCAGGAAGGCACCUUUGGGCGUAUUUUCCAUGGAAUUCUAAUAGAAGAGAAAGACCCCAGUAAAGAGAAACAAGUUUUUGUCAAAACUGUUAAAGAUCAGGCCUCAGAGGUGCAGGUGACAAUGAUGCUGACUGAGAGCUGCAAACUCCGAGGACUUCACCACAGGAAUCUGCUGCCUAUCACCCAUGUCUGUAUAGAAGAGGGAGAGAAGCCAAUGGUGCUGCUGCCAUACAUGAACUGGGGGAACCUUAAACUUUUCCUGCGACAGUGCAAGUUGGUGGAGGCCAACAACCCUCAGGCCAUUUCCCAGCAGGAUCUUGUCCAUAUGGCCAUCCAGAUUGCCUGUGGAAUGAGCUACUUGGCCAGACGAGAGGUCAUCCACAAAGACCUGGCUGCUAGAAACUGUGUCAUUGACGAUGCACUUCAAGUGAAGAUCACGGACAACGCGCUGUCACGAGACCUGUUUCCCAUGGAUUACCAUUGCCUGGGGGAUAAUGAGAACAGGCCAGUUCGGUGGAUGGCUCUGGAAAGCCUGGUGAACAAUGAAUUUUCCAGUGCUAGUGAUGUGUGGGCCUUUGGAGUGACGCUGUGGGAGCUGAUGACCCUGGGCCAGACCCCAUACGUGGACAUCGACCCCUUCGAGAUGGGCGCAUAUCUCAAGGAUGGCUAUCGAAUAGCUCAGCCCAUCAACUGCCCUGAUGAGCUAUUUGCAGUGAUGGCCUGCUGUUGGGCCCUAGAUCCCGAAGAAAGACCCAAGUUUCAGCAGCUGGUGCAAUGUCUAACUGAAUUUCACGCAGCAUUGGGAGCCUAUGUCUGAAACUGCAGCAGAAGAUGGAAUUCCCUGCUUGGGAGAAGGCAUGGCAUCCAUCUGCAGCUCCCUACAUCCCUCGAACUCGCACACGUGAUGUGUAUAAAGCAACACCAAAGGGAGAAAGCACUUCUUCCAAAACACUGUGCCUUAGAUUGCCUUAGUAGUCUCAAGUUUGUUUUUUUUUUAUAAGACCUCUUGGUGUUGAAUGUUUUCUAGGUAUCACUUUUGCUAAGUUAAAUCGAGACCUUUUGGUUUGCCAUCAGGAUUUGUAAAGUGUAGUGCUGGUGAAGUGAAACAUGAGAUUUGGAUGGACUUUGCACUCUUGACAGCAGACAAUGUGAUUUUUUUCAGAAGGGUUUAUAGGACUGGUAGAAAAGUGAGGAGAGGGGAAAUGGAAAGCUACACUGCAGAAAAUUUUCCCUGCUUUUUAAAAAAAAAAAAAAAAAAAAGUUGAAACUGAAUCUUUCUGACCAGCUCUAGUGUUUGUGCUUGUAUGUAUCUGGAAUAGCUUUUUAGUAUCAACUUCUAUUUUGAGACAACAGCACAUUGUGGUUGGAUCCACACGCGGCAUCUUAAACCUGUUUAACCCAUUCACAAAUGUUCCUUGGAAAAGCUGGUCUUCAGGAUACAACAUCUCCUUUUUAAAGUGAUGAUGUAAAAGUGAUUCCAGUUUACCUCAUACAGAGAGUAGUGAAGGUGGGGUAAGAAUGGUGUCCCCUCGUUUCAGAUCACAGGAUUUUGGAGAUGGUUUUAUGUGCUAACUAAAGGCCUUCAGAGAAGUGCCAGAGCAGCCCUUGGGUGGGAGUCUGUCCCCUCAGACUUCUGCCUCGCAGUUUCUCUCGUUCAAAAAGGUACUGGUUGUUUUUUUAUGGGCUUCUAUAGCCUGAAAUGGGCUUAAAUAUAUAAAUAUAUAUUUGUAAAGACAACUUGCAGAGUAAAGAAUGUUUUUCUAUUA